UUUUUUCCUCGGUUUCUGCGCAGCACGUUAGUUGAACGCUCAAAUGUUUUCUGGGAAGCAACAGUUUACUGGCCGAAUUUAGUUUACGGCCAAGUCGCCUUCAGUGUACCUUGCAUCACUGGGUUACAGUUAUGGAACGUUUUGAACGUAUUUUAAAUGUUAAAACUUACGCGUACAUGUUGCGUAAUCCGAAACGAGAUAUGGGAGAGGUCGUUUGGGCGGUCAGUGAAGUGGUUAUCACGUGACGUUGGAGGUGGAAAACAGAAACGAAUAACGUCUUUGUGUACUAGCGAGUUAACCAAGAUGCCACUCCUGUGAUGGAAUAGAUUUUGAUCAGUUUCUAGUUGUGUGAUACGUACUAGAUGCAGUGGUAAGCCUAAUUGACUGUCUCUUUCUACAAUAUACUUUGAAUAAUUUCUGACCCAUUGGCAGAUUGAACCUUGAAUGUGGCAGUUACCAAUAGCAACGCAGUCUUACACAUUUUACCAUUCUCCAACUGGAAGAGACCUUCUCCAGUUUCAGCCUUAGUACCACCCCAGUGCUAACUCAUCCAACCAAGUGUGAAACCAUCACAACACUGUCCAUUCCAGUACAUCCAUGGCUUCUUCAGCUACUAAAGAGCUAGAUGAUCUCAUGACCUCUCUUUCUCACUUUAAGCUGAAUGACACCAGUCAGUCAAGUAGGGAAACAGCCUGUGUCAAGCCUCAAAAACCACCAAAGCAACCUUCUGCUGGACCAAAUAACCAGUUAGAUUCCAUGUUAGGCUCUCUUCAGUGUGAUAUGAACAAACAAGGUGUCAAUACUACAGCUAAGGGUCAUUGUUCAGCUUGUAAUAAGCCCAUUGUUGGACAGGUGGUGACUGCUUUAGGGAAAGCAUGGCAUCCAGAACAUUUCACCUGCAACCAUUGCAAUCAGGAACUUGGAACAAAGGACUUCUUUGAACGAGAUGGGCAGCCUUACUGUGAAACAGACUAUCACAGUAUCUUCUCUCCUCGUUGUGCUUAUUGUAACAGGUCUAUCUUAGAUAAAUGUGUGACUGCUUUGGACAAGACUUGGCAUCCCGAACAUUUCUUCUGCACCCAGUGUGGUCAACAAUUUGAUGAGGAAGGAUUCCAUGAAAGAGAUGGAAAACCUUACUGUCAACAGGAUUAUUUUGAACUGUUUGCCCCGAAGUGUGCAGGGUGUAAUCGUCCAAUCACAAAAAAUUAUAUUUCAGCACUAAACAAUAAAUGGCAUCCUGAUUGCUUUAUUUGUAUGGACUGCAGGCAGCCAUUCAAAGAAGGCAGUUUCUUUGAUCACGAAGGACAACCAUACUGUGAAAUUCACUACCAUGCCAAGCGUGGUUCACUCUGCACUGGUUGCCACAAGCCUAUUUCUGGUUGUUGUAUCACAGCUAUGUUCAAGAAGUACCACCCAGAGCAUUUUGUGUGCUCCUUCUGUCUAAAGCAGCUAAAUAAAGGGUCUUUUAAAGAACAUAAUGACAAGCCAUACUGUCAUGGCUGUUUUGAGAAGCUUUUCAGGUAAACCUAUACUGAAUUUGUUUGACAGUAGUUGUAAAAUCCAAACAUCAUAUUUCUUUGUGGUAAAAACAAAACGGGACUAUUAAGACGGACACAUUAAGUUUUUUGGCUCCAAUCAUUGCUUUAUAAUAUUAGAAGUAUUUUUUUGCAGCUUUAAGUUUUAAUUAUAUAUCAUAAAUAUUGUAUGAUGAAAUAAUGGAGGUUAGUUACACAAAGGCAGCAUAUUUAUCAAAUUCACAAUACAAUUCCAUUAGAGAGAUAUUUUAAUAUCUUGAAUUUUAAUUAUUUAUAAUCUAGUUUCAUACUUCUUCUUCUAAAAAAAAAGUCAUAAAAAAGUAUAUGUUGAAUUUCAAUAUGUGUACUUAUCAAGUUGGAGAUUUUUCAAACAUUAUGUGUGUUGAAUAGUCUAAACCAAAAUUUUGUGCAUUAUGACCAUUGCUAUCAUUUUUUAAUUGGUUGAAUGUCUGGUUGAAUUUAUACAUUUUUUCAUUUGACUGACAUUUGUUUAUUUCAAUUUGUUGAAGUAGUUUAAUGAUUUUAAGUUUUUCUUCCACUGUCUGAAUGAGUGUAAAUUUUUGCUUUGGUUUAUCAAUUAUACUUUGUCUACCUAGUUGAAUGACUUUCAAUUCACUGAAUGAACAUAUGUGGUUUAAUGAAUGUACAUUCUUGAUAUGUUUGUCAGCUGGUUGAAUGGAUAUAUUUCAUUUAGUUAGAUGAAUAAAUGUGUAUUAUCAAGUUCAUUUAACAGCUGAUUUAAUAUAUACGUUGUAUAAAUGAAAGUAUAUUACAUUUUUUAGUCGAUCGUGUUUGUCAUCUGGUCAAAUGGAUAUACAUUAUAUAACUCGAUGAAUGAAAAAACACUGUUAAGUUCAUUAGCUGUUCAAUUGUCUGCUGGUGUAAUUAAGGUACAUUGUUUAGACAUGAAUUAAUGCAUAUACUUUAAGUAGAUGAAUGAAAUUACACCAUUAAGUAAAUUUGGAUGGACAUUUGUCUUCUGGUUGAGAGGAUGCUUAUUGCAUAAUUAAAUGAAUAAACAUACUUUCAAGUUCAUUGUUAGGCCAAGUAAAAAAAAAAGCUUGUUUAGUGUCUGGAAUUUUCGAAAAAGGGAGGAAGAGGUCCUUUGUUUCUUUUUAAUUACCUCUUUUUAAGAAAGUUUGCACCCCUUUUUUCAUGACUAUUGCUUGUUUUCAAAGAGUUCUUGUCAAACAAAAGUCUUCUUUGUUUAAUUUUUUCAUCAAAACAAUACAGAAUUUAUGACAAAUGAAGAAAAAGAGCAAAUUGAAUCAACUGUGUUCAUCUCAUUUUUCAUUCAGAAGUCUUUGUUUCUUUGUGUGAUUGAAAAACGAUAAUUCAAAAAGGGGAAAAAUUGCCCCCAAAAAAGUGGGAAGAAGCAGGUGGGGACACUAAACGUUUUUUUUUUUUUACUUGGCAUUAGGUAGAGUGGAUUAUUUGUCAUCUAACCGAAUGGAUUUACAUUUAGUUAGAUGAGUAGAUAUGUACUGUUCAGUUAUAUAAAUGAACAUGCAUUGCCAAGUUGACUGGAUAUAUAUUUGACAGCUGGUUGAAUGGAUAUUUAAUGAAAAGUAUAUUAUUCAGUAUAGUGAAAUGAAUAUAUGUCAUUUAAUUUAAUGGAUACCUACUGCUAGUUGAAGGUGUGCAUGUUGUUUCAGUUUAUGAGUGGAAGUAUACUUUUUGAGUAGAUUGGGAUGGUUAUUUGUCAUCUGGUUUAACCCUAUGUGCAAUGGUGGAAAGCAAAGUGUGCAUGCCAUGACCUUUCACAGGGUGCCAUUCAACAUGGUAUUAUGUGUUUGAUGUCAGAGUUAUGAACUAUUUAUUUUACCUACAUUGAUGAUUUAUUGACAGUUUGUGGUAGAAGAGUGUAAAAAUCAGAUAAAAUAUACAGGAAUACUGAAAAACAAUUACAGAUAUGCAUUUUAGAGGUUCUAUAGGUUAUGUAAACUGUACAAUGAACAAAAGUAUUUUCAUUCUUCAGGUGAACGUCACUUUGCACUCUGACUUGUCAGAACCCGAUUCAGACUGACAUCAAUUCACAGACAUAUCUUCAGUACAAAUACUUUUGUAACACAUCUGAUUUUCUGUGUAUAACAGAUAUGUACAUCUGACUAAAAGCUUGCCACAUUUAGUGUACAUACAUGUAGUAAAUUUAGAAUUAUAGUCAACAUUCCUUCUCCAAUAUUGGUUUGGUCCAAUAGGUUAAGCCCAUAUAUUUGGUUAAUGGAUGUGCAUCUCAAUAUGUGGGUGCAUAUAGUUUAAUUCAGUGAAUAUAUGAAAGGUUAAAAUCAUUGUUCUUUGUUAUGUGGUUAACUACAAGUAGGUAAAACACUGAAAAGUUGCUGAAAUACUGAAGUGAUAAAAUUCUCUUUUGUCAUCUUAUUGUAAACAUUUUUUGGGUGAAAGUAACAUUUUCAGAUUUACUUGUAAAGCUGAAGAAAGCAAUACCUCUUAUCUUGGGUAAUACACAGUUUUUCACAGCUCUAUUACUGCACACACAUGGCAACUACUCAAGUGAUUUAAUGUUGACUUUCAACUGAUUCGAUUUACAGGUUUUUGGGAAGAAAUGACAAAAUAAAUUCAUACAUUUACUGUUUGUAAUCAUAUUCCCUUCAGCAAGUUUAUAAGAUCAUUGUUAGCAUUUAUAAUGUGUGCGUAUAUAUAUAUAUGCUGAAUCACAUAUUAUUUGACCUAUAUUUUUUUUAGAAUUUACUAAUGAAAGGAGUAUGCUUUUUGUUAAAAGUAUAGCCUGAAAUUAUUAUAGUUAUCCAUGUGUCUAAGUUCCCAAAGAUUUAAAGCCCACUGAGCAGUGAAGAUAAUACAUCGAUAUUUAUUCUGAUAAAUCACUAACUCAUAACUGCAUCACUACAACUAGGUUAUAUUGGAAAACAUCAUGAGGGAAUAUUUAUUUUUAUCAGUGCUAUCCAUGUAUCAGUAAAAUCUCCAAAAGAAUUUGUCUUGUAUUUCAUUUUAUAUAAUCAUAGUUCGCAUUUUGUAAAAUUAGCAUAAUAAAGAAACUUUUUAAGGCA